CAUCCCACCGCAGUGGGCCAACAAACACAUACAUACACACACACACACACACACACACACAUACACACACGCGCGAGCGGGCACUCGAACAACUCUCACCGACAAGUGUACCAAAAGUCGGACAUGCGCAAACACCAUUUUGGUAGUGGUAGCACGUCAGAAGUUAACGUUAAUAGCGCCUAAGAGAGCGCACCGAGAGAGGGAUUAAGGGAGCGCGCCAAAGUCGUAAGAGAGAGCCAGCCCGAAAUGGCCUUUUCGCGCCACAACAUUGAAAAGCGCCGACUCAUCGAGCUAGUGCGCCUGAAUCCCAUCCUGUGGGACUGCCGCCUGCCACACUACAAGCGCUCCGACAAGAAGAAGGCCAUCAAGUGGAACGAGCUGGGGCGCAUGUUCAACGUGACCGGCGAGCGGGUGCAGCGGACCUUCACCUCCCUGCGGGAGAUCUUCCGCCGGGAGCUGAACCACGAGAAGAUGCUGGGCACCACGCGGUUCAAGUCCAAGUGGGAGUACUACGAUGCCAUGGCCUUUCUCAAGGAGGUGAUACGAGAGCGGAAAUCCCGGGAGCGCGUUAAGCAGGGCCCCACUGAUCCUGCCACCAGGUCAAUUUCUACCAAUAACAACAACCACAACAACAACAACAACUCGAACAGCAACAACAACAACAGCGUGGCAAUGGAUGAAUACCAAUAUUUUGCCCCAAGCGAUCCCAACAAUCCCAACAAUCAGCCGCAGCCGCAGCCGCAGGCUCUGGCCCUGCCGCAGCCAAAGACCAACGUCACGUCAGUGUCGAAUCCUGCAACCAUCCUGCCCAGCCUCAGCCAACUGCCUGCCGCACUGCUGCCACAGGCCCAACAUUUGCAGGCCCUCCAGCUGCAGCCGGAUGUGACGCUUACCUCGUUGAGUGCCAUUCCCAAGCAGCCGCCGUCCGCGACAGCAUCCGCAGUGCCCGCCGCGCCUGCAUCUCCCGCCCAGGUGCUGUCCAGCUCACGUUCCUGCAGCUCCUCGCCCUCCAUCUACAUCAAGGACGAGCCAGGCUCUCCAGAGAAUGUGGACGGGCUGGGAAGCGGGACAAAGCUGGCCACCAUUCGUCCGCAGACCAAGCAGCAGUUGAAGGCGCGCCUGCAGGUGCCGGCACCCAAGAGCGCCUCGAUCUACGCCACGUCCCCACCACGUCUCAUCAUCAACGCGAACAACGAGCUCAUCGAUGCCGAUGCUGGGGACCUGGACGAGGAUCUGGAUGACUACGACGAGGAUGACGACGAGACAGGCCGCUACUCCCCAGUGGUAGAUGUGGAUAUGAUGGGGCCCGACGGCCGCUUUUCGCCCGGAGGCAGCAGCUACACGCGAGUGGGUGCGGUAGGAGGCGGGCGCUCCCAGUCCCGGCAUCUGCCCAGCCCCAGGGAACUGCUCUACAUGAAAUUCGGAGACUUUCUGGCAGCCCGACUGAACACCCUCAAUGAGACUGUGGCCAAUGAGUUGAUGAACAAGAUACUGCUGCUCAUCGCAGAGAAAUGAGCGCCGCAAUAGACCGCAUGCCGCAUGCUCAAAUAUGAUUGAAUCGACAAAGGAGUGGUGAGUGGAGCAUAAUUUAUUACGAGUGUUAUCUAUA